GGCCUAAACAAAUACCUGUCGUAGGUGUGGUCUCAAUGCUAUAAAUAACAAUCCAGUACAUGGUUACUCAACUUUUUGAAAAUUUGAUUAUAUUCUCUCUCAUUAGUACUCUAUAUCACCACAAUCAAUCGCAAUUCUGCCUUCUCCAUUCUAUAUACUCUGCACAAAAGAUGAAGUCUCCUCUGGUUUCUUCAGAAACCAAAAAGGAAGACCAACAAACCCAUCUCGCCCUUGCUGCAAAAGAAGCAAAAUGCUUAUCCAACAUAGCUUUCCCCAUGAUCUUCACCGCCCUUCUUCUCUACUCCCGCUCCAUGAUCUCCAUGCUCUUCCUCGGCCGCCUCGGUGAUCUCUCGUUAGCGGGCGGUUCUCUCGCCAUAGGCUUCGCAAACAUUACCGGCUACUCCAUCCUCUCCGGCCUAGCUAUGGGUAUGGAGCCUAUUUGCGGCCAAGCCUUUGGCGCGAAGAGGUUUAAGCUGAUUGAGCUUACUUUACAAAGGACCAUCAUUUUGUUACUCCUUGCAUCCAUCCCCAUUGCCUUUCUAUGGUGUAACAUGGAGAAGGUGUUAAUUUUGUGCGGCCAAGAUAGAGAUAUCUCAAAGGAAGCUCAAUCUUAUAUUCUCUAUUCCCUCCCUGAUCUUGUGGCUCUUUCCUUUCUUCACCCCUUGCGAAUUUAUCUACGUUCCCAGUCAGUGACUAUUCCCCUAACUUACUGUGCAGCCUUCGCGACCCUUAUCCACGCCCCGAUCAACUAUGUCCUAGUUUCCGUUCUGGGUCUUGGGAUCAGGGGCGUGGCAUUGGGUAGCGUUUGGUGUAACUUCAACCUCGUGGGCUCCCUGAUCUCUUACGUGGCCGUGGCCGGGAUUUACAAAAAGCAUUUCAGAAAAGGAGGUAUCGAUUGUACAACACUUAUGAAAGGGUAUAAGUCAUUGUUGAAUUUGGCUGUCCCGAGUUGCAUUAGUGUGUGUUUGGAAUGGUGGUGGUACGAGAUGAUGACCUUGUUUUGUGGGGUUUUGGUUAAUCCAAGAAUCACGGUGGCUUCUAUGGGGAUUUUGAUCCAAACGACCUCUUUGAUUUACAUUUUCCCGUCUUCUCUGAGCUUUGGAGUGUCCACAAGAGUAGGGAACGAGCUAGGAGCCGGGCGGCCGGAAAGGGCGAGACUGGCCGCCGUUCUUGGACUCUGCGGGAGCUUUAUAUGCGGGAUAGCCGCGCUGACGUUUGGGGUUUUUGUCAGGAACAUUUGGGGCGGGAUUUUCACGCAAGACCCGGAAAUCAUAGCGUUGACGGCGUCGGUUUUGCCGAUCAUUGGGCUGUGCGAGCUCGGAAACUGCCCGCAGACCACCGGGUGCGGCGCGUUGAGAGGGACGGCAAGGCCGAAGCUGGCGGCGAAUAUAAAUUUGGGUUGUUUUUACCUCGUCGGAAUGCCGGUGGCUGUGUGGCUGGGUUUUUUCGCCGGUUUCGAUUUUCAAGGGCUUUGGAUCGGAUUACUGGCGGCGCAGGUUUCCUGUGCUUUGACCAUGUUGCUGGUUUUGGGGAGGACCGAUUGGGAAGAGCAAGCCAGGAGGGCCAAGGAGCUAACGGCCACCAUCUCCACCAGCGACCACGGCGGCGAUGAUGACGACGACGAUGACUCGCCGGAGUAUCAAAAGAUUGGAAGUUCGCCAAUCUGAUUCAAUUUUGGCUAAACAAGUUAGGGUGUGUUUGGCCAAAAUGCACCGUUAAUUCCGAGGUGGCCAAAAUUUCUUCACUCAUUUUCCAUCCUGGGUACCUGUGGACCAAACAAGUCGUUAGUGCUUGGCGCCGAAACGUGAUGAGGAGGGGAGAUGAAAAGAUCCAUAUUAGUACGUCUCCAACAAAAUCCUUUUUAGCAAUUGGUGUCUAACGGAUGAGUCAAUGCAAUUUGUAAUGUUUUCAUUGACCAAUUUUUUAGUCAGACUGAACAUUGGUGAAAUACGGAGUUUUAGAUGACAAUUGGUGUAUUUAAAACGUGAUUAAUUAUUUCGUUAAUUAUUAUUUGUAACAUUAACUUUUUUUCCUUUCAUGUUAAAUGGAACAACGCCCACAACAUAAGCGUCCCCCAUUUUCAUUAA